AUGAGCAGUCGGCCACAAUCCCCGCCGGGGACGGGUCCCAUGGAUCUCUCAAUGCCUCGACCGAGCCUCCGGCGGGAUUCCUUGAGGAGCAGUGUGAGCGCCGUAUCCGAUGUGGAGAUGGCACGGAAUGAGGUCUUCGAUGGCCCGAUUUCCGAGAGUAUCCCGUCGAGUGUUGUCUCGUUUUUGCAUCGACGGAGCCGAGCCGGCUCCACCGUUAGUUUUACGUAUUUUCAGGACGAAGAAGACUUUGCAGAAUGGUCCAACGAAGAUGCGGUGGAUAUGGGCAGCGAUAUCGAAGAAUCAUCGGCUGAUGGACUGGGUGAGGCAGAUCUCGAGUCCCAUCGGGGCUCCUUCGUCUCCAAGAGAUUAUCUCGGGACUCUGUCGAGCACCCUCUCCUCUCUCGAUAUAUGUCGGCGAGCUCAUAUGGCCGAGACAGAAGAGCAGGGAGUAGGCUUAACCAAAAAGUGUACAUUGCGUCUGAGGAUUUGACGGCCGUGUUUGCCGGGUUUUCCACCAGCUUGAGUGGAUAUGCGGUUUAUCUGGCCCUGUGCGUUCUGACCGGUGGACUCGCCUACCUGCUGUUUCGCUGGUUGCCCCGGUGGUGGGUGAGACUGAUCGGAAAGGCGACGCCGUUGGGGAAAUGCAAGUGGAUCGCAAUCGAGGAUCAGUGGAAUCAGUUCACGAUUCAUGAUGUCGACACUCAGUCCUAUGGACGUCCACUGUCAACUGUUUUCGUGGACCCACCGGGGCACGUCUACGAUGAAGACACUGAUCCAACAAUGGUAUCUCUACGCUUCCUUGAUUAUAGGCAUAUGCGCUUCUGCUACCAUCCACUCGAGGAUAAGUUUGCCUUGAUUAGCGGCUGGAAAGACCCUUCAUGGACAAAUGUCAAGGUUAUGCGAGAGGGCCUCGAUGCCGAUGAGCGUGAUAGCAGGGAACAGAUCUUUGGGCAGAACGUCAUUGAUAUUCAGCAGAAAACCAUCCCUCAGCUUUUGGUUGACGAGGCUUUUCAUCCAUUCUAUAUGUUCCAAGUGGCAAGCCUUCUACUUUGGUCCAUUGAUGAAUAUUAUUACUACGCUGUGUGCAUUUUUCUCAUCUCUGUUUUCAGCAUUGGGACAACCGUGUUGGAGACGAGAUCGACGAUGCGUCGUUUGAGAGAAAUAUCUCUCUUCGACUGCGACUUACGUGUCCUCAGAAAUGGUUUCUGGAGAUCGGUCUCUUCCCAGGAUCUGGUCCCUGGCGAUGUCUUUGAGUUCUCUGACCCAUCCUUAGACCAGGUUCCAUGUGACUGUAUCUUGUUAUCUGGUGACUGUAUCGUGAAUGAGAGCAUGCUUACUGGCGAAUCUGUCCCUGUGUCUAAAAUACCGUUCACUGACGAGGCUUUGAAGUACCUCGAUCUCAGUGCCCCUUCGAUUCAUCCUAAUGUAGCCAAACACUUUCUUUUCAGCGGGACCAAAAUUAUUCGGGCCCGGCGACCUCAUAACGUUGAUGAUGAUGAAGCUGUUGCGUUGGCGAUAGUGGUUAGAACAGGAUUCUUGACCACUAAGGGUGCGUUGGUCCGCUCAAUGCUCUUCCCGAAACCUUCUGGCUUCAAAUUCUACCGAGAUUCAUUUCGUUAUAUCGCGGUGAUGGGUGUGGUCGCCCUACUCGGCUUUAUCGCGUCCUUUGUCAAUUUCGUCCGCCUGGGUCUCGCCUGGCAUCUUAUCAUUGUUCGAGCCCUUGAUUUGAUCACAAUCGUGGUGCCACCGGCUCUGCCUGCGACCCUUACCAUUGGCACCAACUUUGCUCUUUCACGUCUGAAGAAGCAAUCGAUCUUCUGCAUCAGCCCUCAGAAGGUCAAUGUUGGUGGGAAACUGGACAUUGUAUGUUUUGAUAAAACCGGCACUCUCACGGAAGACGGUCUGGACGUCCUUGGCACGCGGACGGUUGGCAAUAACCACAGAUUCUCGGAACUGUUGUCUGAAACAUCUUCUGGUAUUCUGCUUUCUCCACCGGCGGCAAGUUCUCCCUGCGAUCUUGAGAAGCAGCGGAAAAUUGUCUACACUAUGGCGACAUGCCACUCCCUCCGACUUGUGGAUGGUGAACUCCUUGGAGACCCUCUUGAUGUGAAAAUGUUCCAAUUUACAGGCUGGUCAUACGAGGAGGGCGGCAGCCAUCCUUCUGAGCAGACAAGUCCCAAGUUUGACACAAUUAUCCCAUCUGUCGCAAAGCCACCGAUGACUCACGCUGGCGAUAGCCAACUGAAUGGGCCAAAUAUUCCUGUCGAACUUGGUGUCCUGCGGAAUUUCGAAUUUGUUUCGGAACUCCGCCGAGCUAGUGUGGUCGUUAGGCAGUUCGGUGACAAUGGUGUAAGCUUUUUUGUCAAAGGCGCACCCGAGAGCAUCAAGGAUAUCUGUAUUCCCGAAUCCCUGCCUUCCGAUUAUGAUGAGUUGUUGAACCACUAUACACACAAGGGAUACCGCGUCAUCGCUUGUGCCACCAGAUAUGAACGCAAACUAAGCUGGAUGAAAGUCCAAAAGCUAACACGCGCCGAAGCUGAAAGAAAUCUGGAAUUUGUAGGCUUUAUCAUCUUUGAGAACAAGUUGAAGCCCACUACAUCCCAGGUGAUAUCUGAGCUGAAUCAAGCUGGGAUCCGUAACGUCAUGUGCACAGGUGACAACAUCUUGACUGCGGUCAGUGUUGCUCGCGAGUGCCAGAUGAUCGGUCCCAAUGAGCAGUGCUUCAUCCCACAUCUUGUCGAAGAUCCGGGCCUCGUCACCAAAUCUUCCCUUAUCUGGGAAAGUGUGGACAAUCCAGACCUCCGACUGGAUCCGCGGACGCUUCUGCCCAUGGAGACUACGGCAGAAACCGAUCUAUCUAUCCCUGGAAAUGCCUUGCACGAGCGUAAUUACUGUGUGGCUGUUACGGGCGACGUGUUCAGGUGGAUGAUCGACUAUGGCAAUGAGGAUGUGCUCAACAGGAUCCUCGUCAUUGGCAAAGUAUUUGCCCGGAUGUCGCCAGAUGAAAAGCAUGAACUCGUUGAAAAGCUUCAGUCCAUCGAUUACUGCUGUGGUUUCUGUGGAGACGGUGCAAACGAUUGUGGUGCUUUAAAGGCAGCAGACGUUGGCAUCUCCUUGUCAGAUGCCGAAGCCUCCGUGGCUGCCCCCUUCACGAGCCGGCAAUUCGACAUAUCCUGUGUGCCAAAAUUGAUUCGUGAGGGUCGAGCCGCUUUAGUGACAAGCUUCUGCUGCUUCAAGUUCAUGAGUCUCUAUUCUGCCAUCCAAUUCUCCUCGGUCAGCUUCCUCUAUACGUCAGGGUCGAACCUUGGUGAUUUCCAGUUCCUAUUCAUCGACCUAGCUCUCAUCAUGCCCAUUGCCAUCUUCAUGGGCUGGACUGGUCCUUAUCCCACUCUUUCUCGAAAAAGGCCCACUGCGGAUCUCGUGUCACGCAAGGUUCUGACCCCUCUGUUGGGUCAUAUUACGCUGGUAGUCCUGGGUCAGCUUGCCAUUUUCAAGACUGUCCAGUUGCAACCCUGGUUUAUGCCUCCACAGCUUGAUCUGGAGAAGAGCAAUAUUGUGAAUUCGGAGAAUACCGCCCUUUUCCUAUUCUCCUGCUUCCAAUAUAUUCUCACCAGCAUUGUCCUUAGCGAUGGGCCGCCGUUCCGGCAGCCAAUGACGCAAAACGCUCCUUAUUUGUGCACUAUCGUCAUUGACCUUGCAAUCGCGGGUUACAUGCUCUUCCGCCCCUCCGAAUGGGUUGCGAGCGUGAUGCAGCUGACUUUCAUGUCAGAUGGCUUCCGCAGCUGGAUUAUGGCGCUGGCAUUCGGGGCUUUCGUACUUACCUGGAUAGCUGAGGCGGUUGCCUUCCCUCGCUUGGCACGCAUCAUUGGCCAUAUCCGCGCUCGCCUGCAGCCCAACUUCCGCAAGAAACGCCGCCAGUACAAGGUUCUUCUCGAGCAAAUGCGCCUGUGA